CGGAAAGUAAACAAGGACGACUUUCAGCAAUUAUGGCCUGCAAAUACGAUCCAAUCGACGAGCCACGCCUCUUCUCCGGUGGCCGGGACUAUUCUGAGGUUCCGUCUGCGUUUGACGACGGAGGCACCGGCAUCCACUACGACACGGCGCACACGGCAUGUGCUAUCCUCGCUAAUAACCGGUGGGAUGGCUAUUUUUCUCAUGAUAAGCAUGGAAGGCUAAAGGCCCAACCUCUUGAUGGAAUUCUUCGCAACGAACAGUACUACUUUUGUCUCCCGUCUUCUGACCCGUUAACCGACUCAUACCCCGUUAUCCCCCGAUUCAGGGACUGGCGAUUCCCUCAUGGCGAUCUGCCACCCAUAUGGAAGAAACUCAAAGAUCAAUUGAGGGCAAAGGGCCCGGGCGACAAAAGCAAAGGCGCCAAUUGCUUGCUCAGUAAUUGUGGUGAUGCUGUAGAAUCCGCCUAUCUCGUACCUUCAGCACAGUCUUAUUGGUGGACGAUAAACUUGAUGAAACGGUAUGCGAAGACGCCCUCUUUCUCGACGAAUGACAUGGACGUCCCGGCAAACGCGCUCCCUCUGCGCUGCGACAUACAUAAGAUGUUCGAUGAGCGGCACUUUACUUUUGUACCAAAGACCGUUAUUUAUCGAUUUCAAAGAAGAGCGACGUUACUAUCGCAAGACGACGCAGGCCAUCGCGACCAGGACCUUUCCUCACCGGGAGAUUCCAAGUUGCGCGCGGAUAACGACGGACCAUCUCAAGCCGAUUUGCAAUUACCAAUACGAUUAAAUGCGGGUAGCGAGAGCCAUAACGCCGAAAAUGAACUGAAAGCGGACCCGGUAGAUGUCGUUGGACACGUUUUCAACUCUACUCCAUCUGGCGAUCUCCCCCGGCUGUGGCACAACCGGGCGUUGUGUUCGCCGCCAUCAUCAGCCUCGGUUGAAUACUUAUUUGCUCGAUUCGCCUACACCGUCUUCUCGCCUUCGGUGUUCAAGUACUUUCUGGAUUCGAACAAGGCCCGACGGCUUCUCGUGUGGGAUCAAGAGAAACUCAAACAAGAAAUUGAGGAGGCUGAUCCGGAAAAGUGUCGCUCUAUUUGGAAUGCCUCAAGGUCGAGAAGCGAGAGCCCGAAGAAGAGAGCAAGAUCCACUGGAAAUGGAGAAUAUGAUGAGGGUGGGGAUUUCGCUUCUGAAACUUCUACUUUGAACGAGCCGGAGCGCGGUCGAAGAAGGAAACGCAAGUCUGAGGAGUACUCAGAGACGAAUGAUUUAUAUGGGGUGAAACGGAGUAGAUUGGAUUGUUAG